GUACGCCGCGCGUGGAGAAACCCCUAAGCCAUUGAGACUCUAAAUUUUCUAGUACAUUCUGUUUUUAAAAUUAACUUCCAGACAUCCAUUGUAAUCACCGCUGUGUGACGUUGUUUUUUUUUUUUUCAACGAGUGCAGCUUGAAAGCAUUAGAAUCCAUUCCGGGUUCAAAAGAUCGACACGUGAAAAACAUGGCGGACAAGAAGGAAGACACGGACUUCCAAGAAAACGAUGUUCGACAUUAUGAAGAAGACAACCACGAUAAUUUCUUGAUCAAACGGAUCGGRCAGAUGCGAGUUCAUUCAAUCCUUACAGACAUUGUUUUGAUUGUGGRARGUCGUGAAUUUCGCGCCCACAAAAAUGUUCUGGCUGCAAGUAGUGACUACUUUAUGGCAAUGUUCAAUGGCCAAAUGGCAGUUGUUAGUGAUAGUGUUACCAUCCAGGACAUUUCUGCUGAUGCAAUGGAGCUUCUUCUAAACUAUAUGUACACUGGAGAGUUAGAUAUCAGCGAGGAUAAUGUUGAAGAUGUGUUUUGUGGGUCAUGUUUGUUGCUCUUGCAAUCGAUUACUCGAGCGUGUUGUCAGUUCAUCGAAGAGCGCCUUACAUUGGGAAACUGUUGGGGAAUCCGUACAUUGGCAGAUAAGUUCCACUGUAGUGACAUGUUGAACACYGUCAAUCGUUUUAUUCAGCAGACCUUCAAAGAUGUCGUAAACGAAGAUGACUUUCUCAUGCUUCCUAGCUCUGAAGUGAGCAAUYURCUUGGAGACGAUUACAUYGUYGUGWCAUCAGAAGAGCAAGUGUUCGAGGCUUUAMUCAAGUGGAUCAACCAUGACCUAGGUGGUCGAAAAUUCGAAUUCCCAAACUUGUUAAAGCAAGUUCGUCUUACCCGAAUYAAACCAGAGUACUUUGAAGAAAUGAUUGCCAGUUAUAGUUUAGUACUAGAGAUACCAGAAGCUUWUGAGAUUAUUUCAGUAACAAGAAAUUUCUUGUCAGGAUCACAAGAAAGUCAAAACCUAAGUGUAUCAUUUGAAAUCCCCGAGUCAUGGAAAUAYCCACGAAGGUGUCUCAGGUUUGUYGAAGUAGUCGUAACUGUGGGUGGAGGCGCAUUGUGUAAUUUUUUUGAUGAGAAAGAAAACAACUGGGUACCKCUAGCUCCCCCUGUCACUAGGCAUUGCCCUGGCAUGGCAACCCUGGACAAUAAAAUCUUYGUAUGUGGGGGUAGCAAGCAGUGGAAAAGGUAUAAUCGAUGUGAGCAAUAUGAACCAGAACGUGAUGAAUGGACUCUCAUUGCACCCAUGAAGAUUGGCAGAAGCAAUAUGGGUCUGGUGGCUUUGAAUCAAUGUCUGUAUGCAAUAGGUGGAUAUGACGGAAACAUGGUUGUCUGUAAGGUUGAGUGUUACAACCCCAAAAAAGAUGAAUGGUCAUUCAAGAAGGAAAUGCACAAUUGUCGUGAUGGUGCUUGUUAUGCCACUGAUGGCAUGUACAUUUAUGCUAUUAGUGGAUAUGACGGCAAUAAUUAUCUAGGGAGCGUUGAAGUUUAUGAUCCGCUUGUUGAUAAAUGGAACAUUGGAGAGGUUCCAUCAAUAGUUGAAAGAAGAGAAGAUGCUAUGUGUGAAGCAUGUGAUGGCAAAGUCUAUGUCAUUGGUGGUUACUAUAACAACAUCUUCUACUCAUCUGUAGAAGAACUUGACUUGGACCAAAAUAAAUGGGAUUUCAAGAGUCCAAUGAAUGCUGGAUCACGCUACAAUGCAGGCUCAGCUAUCAUCAACAAGACCAUUUAUAUCUGUGGGGGUUGGACUGGGCAGGGCUUGGCAUCCUCCCUUGUUGAGUGCUACCACAUUCCAACAGACACCUGGUCAGCUGUCGCCACACUUCCAGCUCCUUCAGCUGCUCGAACAGUGGCCUGUCAAUUUCCACGGUCAAUGAUCAAGAAGUUGAAGAAAGAUGACAACAGCAAGAAAAAGUAGUGAAAAGCAGACACUAGUUUUUAUUUAUUUUUAUUGUGAUGUUCAAGAACAUAAUGAUUUAGUUAUGAAUAAGCACCGAUGUAAAUUAUUGCUCUGACUGGUGAUGGUUUAUUCCCUUAAGACACUUAUAUAUCAUUUGUGUGACAGUCAUUGUAGUGAAUUAGAAGUGGUAAUUUUUUUCAAGAAUUGUACAUAAAUCAUGUUAGAAGCUUGUAAUUAAAAAGAGAUGACCAUCAAAAAAUAUGUAUGACCUUGUUGCACAUUUUAAAGGGUUUUGGUCCUUGGCAUCCCUUUGAGAUUUUGUUUAUGUUUGAAAAUAAAGGUACAUGACACCGC